UUUUUAUAACGUUAAAAAAAAAACAACUUGAUGUUUGAGAUAAACGUUUUGAGUUAUGAGAUAAAAACAAAAUAAACAUUUUUUAUAUUCCGGCGUUGUUUCAAAAUCCAAAGCAUCAAGAUUAAUGCGGUGAUAAAUUAAUAAUUUCACUUUUCCACAAUGUCUUUUAUAUUUUCUUAUACUAUUUGAUGCUGAAAAUCUUUACUAAAAACGGGAUGUAUACACGGAAUACAGAAAUAAAUUCUUUAUUUUAAACUAACUACCUACAUAUAUGGAUCUCUCUAUAUCUACAAAAGGGUUUGAGUGUGAUUUGUGUGUUCUGAGAUUACCCCCAAAAUAUCCACGAAGGAUGUACACAAUUUAAUUAAUAUUUAGAAAACAUUGUACAAUGUAACACAAAAUUUUUUGAAAGUUAAAGACUAAAGUUAGAAACCACCGUAAUGUUAGGUAUUAGUGACAGAUAAUAAAGUGACGGAAUGACAGAUAAAAAAAUCAAACUGUAAAAAUAUACUAAAAUCUAAGAUGUAAAAUUGAAGAAAACAUAAAUUUAAAACGCAUUUUGAUUUAUUAACUUUUGAUGUUUGCAUUUAAUGACUUUGAUGAGUUAGAAGGAUAUAAUUACUGGGGUGAUUUAGAAUGCGAUUCGAGCGACAACAGUUUAGGUCCUCCGGAUAUGGAGGAAACGGGAAAGCAAGUAUUGGUCGGGGUAUGCGCGAUGGCGAAGAAAUCCCAAAGCAAACCGAUGAAAGAGAUCUUGACGCGACUACAAGAAUUUGAAUACAUAAAAGUGAUCGUGUUUCCCGAAGAGGUGAUUUUACAAAAGCCGGUUGAAGAAUGGCCAAGUUGCGACUGCCUGAUAUCGUUCCAUUCGAAAGGAUUCCCAUUGGAGAAAGCCGUCCAGUAUGCGAGACUUCACAACCCCUACGUGAUAAACAAUUUACAUAUGCAGUACGAUAUACAGGAUCGCAGAAAAGUUUAUUCGAUAUUGGAAUCUGAAGGCAUCGAAAUUCCUAGAUAUGCCGUUUUAGAUCGUGACAGUCCAGAUCCGAAACAUCAUGAGUUGGUUGAGUCUGAGGAUCACGUUGAAGUGAAUGGAGUCGUUUUUAAUAAACCAUUUGUUGAAAAACCUGUUUCUGCUGAAGAUCAUAAUAUUUAUAUUUAUUACCCAACUUCCGCUGGAGGCGGGAGUCAACGAUUAUUUAGAAAGAUUGGCAGUAGAAGCAGUGUUUACUCGCCAGAGUCCAGAGUACGAAAAACAGGAAGUUUUAUUUAUGAAGAUUUUAUGCCCACAGAUGGUACAGAUGUUAAAGUUUAUACAGUGGGUCCGGAUUAUGCACACGCAGAAGCAAGAAAAUCACCAGCACUUGAUGGUAAAGUAGAAAGAGACCGAGACGGCAAAGAAAUUCGAUACCCUGUGAUAUUGAGUAACGCGGAAAAACUGAUAUCCCGGAAAGUAUGCUUGGCGUUCAAACAAGCGGUAUGCGGUUUCGAUUUGUUGAGAGCGAACGGGAAGUCGUUUGUUUGCGAUGUGAACGGAUUCAGUUUUGUGAAAAACUCCAACAAGUACUACGACGAUUGUGCAAAAAUCUUGGGAAAUAUGAUUUUGAGGGAACUCGCCCCUACUUUACAUAUACCUUGGUCUGUUCCAUUUCAACUUGACGAUCCGCCUAUUGUACCAACAACAUUCGGAAAAAUGAUGGAGUUACGGUGCGUUGUUGCCGUUAUUAGACAUGGAGAUCGAACACCUAAACAAAAAAUGAAAGUUGAAGUUAGACAUCAAAAAUUCUUUGAAAUUUUUGAAAAAUACGACGGUUAUAAACACGGACAUGUUAAACUGAAACGUCCGAAACAAUUACAAGAAAUUUUGGAUAUAGCAAGAUCUUUAUUAGCUGAAAUACAACAGCACGAAGCGGAUCCGGAAAUUGAAGAGAAACAAGGAAAAUUAGAACAAUUAAAGAGCGUUUUGGAGAUGUAUGGUCAUUUUUCUGGUAUUAACAGAAAAGUCCAAAUGAAAUAUCAACCAAAAGGUCGUCCAAGGGGGUCAAGUUCGGACGAUGGUAAAGCUAGCGCUAGUAGCAGUAGCAGUGUGUCUGUAGAUAAACCAGCUGAACCUUCGCUAGUCCUAAUAUUAAAAUGGGGUGGGGAGCUGACACCAGCAGGUCGAAUCCAAGCUGAAGAACUGGGGAAAAUAUUUCGUUGCAUGUAUCCAGGCGGGCAAGGUAGACAUCUGGCUGGUGAAUAUGCGGGUGCUCAAGGUUUAGGACUUUUACGGUUACAUUCCACAUUUCGACAUGACCUGAAAAUCUAUGCUUCUGACGAAGGUCGAGUUCAAAUGACAGCAGCCGCUUUUGCCAAAGGACUACUUGCUUUGGAAGGAGAAUUAACCCCAAUUUUAGUCCAAAUGGUUAAGAGUGCCAAUACUAAUGGAUUAUUGGAUAAUGACUGUGAUAGUAGUAAAUAUCAAAAUAUGUGUAAAUCUCGUUUACACGAGUUAAUGCAAUUAGAUAGAGAAUUUUCCCAAGAAGAUAAAGAAAAGGUAAACCCCGGAAAUUCCCGAAGUAUAAACGACGCAUUAGAAUUUGUAAAAAAUCCGGUAAAAUGUUGCAAACGCGUCCAUGAUUUAAUAAAGUCCCUUAUGGAAAUCGUCCGUCAGAAAAAAGAAGACCCCAAGACGAAAGAUGCUGUCCUUUAUCACGCGGAAACCUGGGAAUUAAUGGGUCGCCGUUGGGGUAAAAUCGAAAAAGAUUUUUUUACGAAAAACAAAAUUUACGAUAUUAGCAAGAUACCAGACAUUUAUGAUUGCAUCAAAUACGAUUUACAACAUAAUCAGCAUACUUUGCAAUUCGAACAAGCGGAAGAGUUGUAUAUAAAUGCAAAAUAUUUAGCAGACAUUGUUAUUCCUCAAGAAUAUGGAUUGACGGUUCAGGAGAAAUUAACAAUUGGUCAAGGAAUCUGUACUCCUUUAUUAAAAAAAAUCAAAGCAGAUUUACAACGAAAUAUCGAAGAAUCAGAAGAAAAUGUUAAUCGCUUGAAUCCGGUUUAUUCACAUGGUGUUUCUAGCCCAGGAAGACAUGUCAGGACAAGAUUAUACUUUACAAGUGAAAGUCAUAUCCAUUCUUUAAUUACAGUUUUAAGACAUGGCGGCCUUUUAGAUGUUAAAAAGGAUGAACAAUGGCGAAGAGCCAUGGAAUACAUAUCAAUGGUUUCAGAACUAAAUUAUAUGUCCCAAAUUGUUAUAAUGUUAUAUGAAGAUCCAACGAAAGAUCCUUCAAGCGAAGAACGUUUUCACAUCGAAUUACAUUUUAGUCCUGGAGUUAAUUGUUGUGUUCAGAAAAAUUUACCACCCGGGCCUGGGUUUAGACCACAUUCAAGAAAUGAAUCAGUUGCAAGCAAAAAUAAUAGCUCCACAAAUACAUCAGAUACAGCAACACCCGACGAUCCAAAAAGUCAUUGUUCGCCAAGAAUUGAAGAGGAAGCGGAGUCGACCCCGGAAGAAGAUAACAAAAGUGAUUUUCUUCGUCCUUUACAUUCGGAACCAUCAACUAGUGCGAGUUUGAUCUCGUCAGACGUUUUGGAUCAUCACAAUCAGUAUUACAAGCAUAAAACGAGUGAUCCAAUACCAAUUGGUAAUUCUCAUACAGUUUGUGGUCAUGAGGCGAUGCAUUUGGCGCAACGCCUCCAUGAAGAACUCGAACAUCAAACUCAAAGGGGCGGUAGAGCCGCAAGUCCAGAUCCAGAACCUCGAUCUAGGAGUUAUGAUAGUAAACAAAACAAAGGAAAAGAACAACUUCACCAGUUCCAAAGUUUGGAUGCUGUGAACAGUCAACAAGAUUCCGGCGGCGGUGGCUGUUCGGCGUCGGGCGGAGGAGCCGCAGCGACAGCGACCAACGCGAAACGCCACCGACACAGCAUUGCCGGACAGAUGAGCUAUUUCAAGAUGCUAGGGUUCGGAUUGGGCGGGGGUCCCGCGGCUUUUAAGAAAUUAGCAGGAGGUGCCAACCAGAAUUCAACAUUGUUUUCAACGGCUGUUAUUACCGGUAGUUCCAGUGCACCAAAUUUAAGGGAUAUGAUUCCAAGUACAGCUAGUGCAACCGGUAUUGAAGGUUUUGGUGGUGUACCACCAAUUCGUCCAUUAGAAACCCUCCACAACGCUCUAUCAUUAAAACAACUCGAUAAUUUCUUAGAAAAAAUGACAACAGCGCCCUUAUACAAAACACCGUCUUCAACACCGCCCAAAUACCCUUCAACACCUUUGCCAACUCCGACAAAUUCGAUAAUAGCCGGUUGUCCAGGUUCGGGACAUCCACCUCUUCGUUUACAGUCACCAUCAAGUAGUUGGAGUGGUCCUCCUAGUUUUAUAUCAAGCAGCAGUGGUCCUUCUUCGCCGGGAAUUUCCGAUAUUUACUCAAAUUCAAAGGAAAGCAGCGAGAUGUCUUCUAGUGUGAUCAGCGGCGAUGGGCUCAACGUCAAUAGUAUCUCACAUAUGUUUCCAACUGCUCCUGGUUUAGAUCAAGAUUUAGAAAAUGUUGGAAUUUUACUUGAAAAUGCACAAAAAGAUGAUGGAAACGAAAAAGGAUUAGAGUUUGUUGAAUAUUUUACAAACAUUCAAGUCCGACAAGAUGAAAGUGGCGAUGUAACACCAGUUUCGGGGGGUUCUGAAAUAGAAUUCAAUACAAACGAUGCAACAGCAGGUUCAACCGCAGAUUGUGACGUAACUGUAACAGAAGAAAUUGAAUCAUCCUUGGUAUUAAACGAGGAUGAAGAUUUUGACUUAACAAAAUCCGUUUAUAGCCCAACAUCGUCAUCAACCGACGUUUUUUCGCCAAUUCUUUCUAGUCCACAAGAUAACAAAAUCUUAGUGAUUACAGAAAGACGCCAAUCCGAUAGUAAAUAUCCAUUAAAACCUGGUUCUGAUAAAUGGGCACAUAGUAAAGAAAAAUUUCUAGCUAAUUCAAAUAGUCAAAAACUUGAAAAUCUAAAUUAUAAAAGUCAAGGAGGUAUGAUUUUGGUAAAAGAAUCUUUUAUAGAACCGCCUAAAAUUAAUAGAAUAUCAAGAAGUUUUCAUGGUCAGACGAAUUCGGUGUUUUUAGAUGUUGGUGCGACAUCGCCACGUCGAGCUAGUGAUAGUAAUAAUGAUUUGAAAAAAUCACCGAGACGAAAUAGUAACAUUGAAAAAUCGAAUAGCGGUGUGAAACAACUUCUUACGCAAAAAUCUUUGUCUGAAAACAAAAACGUUAGAUUCGUAACUACUAAAGUUGACGAAGCAGAACAUGCCGCAAGCGUCGGUAUACACUCUGAAGGUGCAAACAACACAAAGUGAGAGAAAUUUUGCUCGUUUUCGAGAUUGUUUUAAUUUUUUUUGUGUUCUUGCUGUAUUAGUAAUUUUAAAGCGACAAUGUGAUGUUAUAUUGCUGAUAUUUUUAUUUAGUAAUAAAGUAUUCUUGGAUUAAAUUAAU